AUGGAAGAUAUUCGUAACGGCCUAAAAUAUUUAUUCCAAACACAAAGCGAUUUGGUAUUAGCGAUCAGUGGUUCUGGACACGCUGGGAUGGAAACCGUCAUAUCUAAUCUUGUUGGACCGAAGGAAACGAUGCUGAUUGCUAGGAGAGGUAUUUGGGACGAGAGAGCCUUAAAUAUGGCUACGAGAUAUGGCAUUAAUGCGGUAGAAGCUCGUAUUCCUUUCACCACCACAUUCAAUUUGGAUCAGAUUGAAGUCGAGCUGCAGAAGUUGAAACCGACAGCCCUCUUUAUUACUCAUGGGGAUUCUUCAACGGGUACAGUUCAAAAUCUUAAGGGAUUGGGAAAUUUGUGUCAUAGAUAUGGAGCUCUGCUUAUAGUGGAUACAGUGGUAUCUAUAGGUGGGGAGCCGUUUUUCAUGGACGAUUGGGGCGUGGAUGCAGUCUAUGCAUCAUCACAAAAAGCUCUCAGCGGGCCAGCUGGAAUAUCACCGGUUGCUUUCAGCAAAAGAGCUGAGAUGAAAAUAAAUAGCAGAAAACACCAACCACCAUUUUACUUCGACAUCAAGCUAUUGGCACAGCAAUGGAACUGUCAUGGAAAUACACGACUGUAUCACCACACUAUGUCUCCACCGUUAAUGUGGGCACUACGACGAUGCCUUCAGGAAAUCUGCACACGUACACUUCCAGUGUUUUGGGAACAACACGCAACAAUUGCUGCACAUUUCUGUAAGCGGUUGGAACAGAAUGGCUUUGAACUGCUCAUUCCUAAAGCUGAAGACCGCUUGGCAACAGUUACUACGGUGAAAUUACCAAAAGGCUACGAUUAUACAGAAUUUGUUAAAUAUAUACGAGAUAACCAUAACAUCCUCUUAUUUGGGGGCUUGGGUCCAACAGCGGGCAAGUCUCUGAGAAUUGGUAUUAUGGGAGUCAAUUGUACUAGAGAAAUCGCUGAUGCUAUUGUUGAUGCUAUGAUAGAUGCUUUGAAGAAUCUCAAGAAGUGUUCUCUAUAA